AUGCUGAUCAAGCUGUGGCUCCCUGUGUUGCUUCUUCUCUUGGAGGUUCAAGUCAGUAAUGCUGUCUACUGCUUCAUAUGUAACUCCAUCGAGAAACCAGCAUGUGGGGAUGACUUCAGGAUUAGCCCCUAUGACGCCGACUCUCGGUCCUAUUGUCCGGGCAGCUGUGUCAAACGACGAGGGAAAAGAGCCGUUGGGUCAGUGCCUCGGAUUGAGGUCGUGCGUUCUUGUGUCAGUAGCCGGCCAGAGACCUGCUUCACCGAGCAGUAUAAUGGCUUGAAGGUGUUCACGUGUGCCUGCAACUAUGACUUCUGCAACGUGUGA